AGGAGCCGGAGCAGGACUCGUCCCGCCGCCGACAUGGUGUCCCCCGUCACCGUGGUGAAGAGUGAAGGCCCCAAACUGGUGCCUUUCUUUAAAGCCACUUGUGUGUAUUUUGUCCUCUGGCUGCCAACUUCCAGCCCCUCCUGGUUCAGUGCCCUCAUCAAAUGUCUGCCCAUCUUCUGCCUGUGGGUUUUCCUUCUGGCUCAUGGAAUUAACUUCCUAGUGUCACACCGGAGCGCCAGCCGCAUCCUAGCGGGACUCAUAUUCUCGGCAGUGGGAGAUGCCUUUCUCAUCUGGCAGGAGCAGGGCUACUUCGUUCAUGGUCUGCUGAUGUUCGCCAUCACACACAUCUUGUACUCUUCAGCCUUCGGCAUGAAGCCUUUGGACCUCAAAGCCGGCUUGUUGAUGGGCCUCGUUUGCAGUUCCUGUUAUGCCUUCCUAUACUCCUACCUCUCGGGCCCAUUCACCUACCUGGUAGCUGUCUACAUCGCCUUGAUUGGCUUCAUGGGCUGGCGAGCAGUCGCUGGCAUGCAGCUGUGCAACGACCUCUGGACAUGGACCAAGCUCUCGGCAUGCAUCGGCGCGAUGCUGUUCAUGGUGUCAGAUCUGACCAUUGCACUUAACAAGUUCUGCUUUCCUGUGCCCUACUCGCGCUUCAUCAUCAUGGCUACUUACUAUGCAGCCCAAAUGCUUAUUGCACUGUCAGCUGUAGAGAGCAGAGAUGAAGAGGACUUCAGGAAGAGGAGCUAGGUGGAGUGCCAAUGGUCUGUGAACAACGUGGGUUAUAUCUCAGGUGCUGUAGCUGCAUUCACCCCUGAGAAAGAUCUCCAUUUCUCGAGGCACAUUGGUGAUGUUGAUUUUGCUUCUUUGAAGCAUUACCUUUGGGGCUUUCUCUUUUUUUUUUGUUGUUUUUUUAAAUGGCUUUCUCUGAAUACAGCUUACUUCAGUGUGGAGUCCACAUCAGAAAGCUUAGACUGUCCCUGCAGCAGCUACUCAUUCAACUUUUCCUCCUUGGAAUUGCUGUACUACUGCAUUUUACUUGCUAGUCCUGAAACUGAUGCUGAAUGUCUUUGAAGAGGAAGGCUGAUGGAAAGGAGGUUUGGCCAUGUGCUGUGCUAGAAGACUUGCUUUCAGUCAUAGGCAGACAGGCACAGAUUUCUGCUAAAGUCAUAGGUAAAAAUUAAUUUAGCCAAAAUUUGUCUCUUUUUGUGCAUUACAAAUUCAGUAUGCAAACUGGAGCUAGAGCCUGUGCUGAAAGGAAGCCUUGAGACAGAGUCAAAACAGCAUAUCCGGAUAAAGGCUGAGCUUUGUAGUCAAUGGGAGCACGUGAGGCAGGUCUCAGCAGAACCAGAAUGAAGGCCAAACACCAACCAGAGGGCACAGAGCGAGAGGUGUGCUGCCAUGCAGUGCUGUGUGCUUUGAUCAUGGCUGGUUGCUGCCUCAGCACAGGUCUGUAGGUGUAAGUCUGUGUUGCCACAUGUGGCAGGACCAGGAAUUUGGUGGGAUUCCAGGGACUCCUUGGUGGCCAGGCCAGUGUGUGCUCUCCUGCCACGUGUGUGCAGCUACACGAUGCCCACAGCCACCGCCGACAGCGGCAAUGUAGUGGGCCUAUGAGGAACUUUUUACAGCAGGACUUUGAGCAUGUGUCUUACUAAUAUAUGCCCUAACUGUCCUUAGUACAGCAGACAGGAAUCUAGCCUUUAUGCCUUUCUUCCCCAGUAGCCUAACAAAUAUUAUUCCAUAUACUCAUUAAGCUUCACAGCCCUGCUACUUGCAGUGUCUCUCUCAAAUCCUUGUGUGAACAUUUCCUGUGGUCCAGGUCCUGAUUUUGGAUGUAGCUUAUUGCUGUGUUUUGCCAGCUGGUGGUAAAUGAUCAGUUUUGUACCACUUGUUUUUGGAAAGCCCCUCUUCAGCAGGGUUUCCUGAAAAACACUGUCCUGUGUGUUCAAAGUGCCUGCUGCUUCCUCCUCAGACUCAUGUGGUCAUAGGAAGAAUGUGCCGUCAGGGUUGGGAAGGCCUGUUUAAUUCUCAUCCAAAUUCUUUGGUUGGUUUGUCUGCCCAUCUGCUGAAGCAGGAUUACUUGACUUCAGACUCUCUUAAAAAGACAUGAGGUUGUCUUGAUUUUUAAACCAAGUUCAUUUGUGAUCAUAUCUAA